CCGAGACGCCAUGUCGGGGGCUCCAGUAGACGCCGGGCCCGAGCCGCUGCCCGCCGGGGGCGCCCGGUUCUUCUGUACAGCGGGCCGCGGCCUGGAGCCGUUCCUGAUGCGAGAGGUGCGGGUGCGGCUGGCGGCCACGCAGGUUGAGUGUAUCUCAGGAAAGGUUUUCUUCACAACCUGUUCUGAUUUGAAUAUGCUGAUGAAAUUAAAAUCUGCAGAAAGGUUAUUUCUGCUGAUUAAAAAGCAGUUUCCCCUGACAGUUUCUUCUGUAAGUAAAGGAAAAAUAUUUAAUGAAAUGCAAAGACUUGUAAAUGAUGACCCAGGAAGUUGGUCGAAUGCCAUUUCAAUUUGGAAAAAUCUUCAUGAACUUGAUGCAAAAAGGGAAGAACUUUCUCAAGGAGAUUCUAACCCACUAAAAAGAAAAGCAGGAGAAAAUGAAAUCAUUAUGGCUAAAAAAUUUAAAACAGAACAAAUGCAAGACAUACCAGAGAACGGGGAAUGUCGGCUGGAAAAACAAGUAGAAGAAGAAACACUGGAGCAAAAAGAUUGUAUCGAUCAAAGAGGUGAUUUUCAAGAAGAGUUUCAGAGUGAUGCAGAGAAAGCAAUUGAUACUCAUAACCAGUGCGACUUGACUUUCAGGGUUUCUUGUCGCUGCAGUGGCGCUAUCGGAAGGACCUUUACUGCACAGGAAGUAGGAAGAAUAAUUGGAAUUUCUCUUAUGAAACAGUUUGGAUGGAAAGCAGAUUUGAGGAAUCCAAAUUUAGAGAUCUUUAUACAUCUAAAUGACGUUUACUCCAUUGUGGGGAUUCCUGUUUUCAGGGUGCCUUUGGCCAGCAGAGCUUACAUCAGGACAGCAGGACUGCGAUCUACCGUAGCGUGGGCACUGGCAUCUCUCGCAGAAAUUAAGGCUGGUGCAUUUGUUUUAGACCCAAUGUGUGGAUUUGGAACAAUACUGUUGGAAGCUGCUAAAGAAUGGCCAGAUGUGUAUUAUGUGGGUGCUGAUGUCAGUGACUCACAGCUACUAGGUGCAUGUGACAACCUGAAAGCUUCAGGCCUGAAGGAUAAAAUUGAGUUACUUAAAGUCUCUGUUAUAGAAUUGCCAUUGCCUUCAGAAAGUGUUGAUAUUAUUAUUUCUGACAUUCCAUUUGGGAAAAAGUUUAAGUUAGGAAAAGACAUCAAAAACAUUCUGCAGGAAAUGGAAAGAGUGCUUCGUGUUGGCGGAACCGUUGUACUGUUGCUUAGUGAAGAUCAUUACUGGCACAUUAGAGAUUGUGAAGAGAGCAGCUUCCCUUUGGAUUCCAAGAGCAGCCACACAGAUGAACUUGGAAUUAGUAAGAGCUGGAAUCCUGAAGAGAAAAAGGGCCUUUCAGAGAAGUGCUCAGACAAAAUGCCACUGUUUGGCACUUUGGUGCCAGUGGAAUGCUACAAAGUUAGCCUUGGAAAAACAGGUGCAUUUAUAUGUAAAUACAAGAAGUCACACUCUUCUGGACUAUAGAAGGCCUUCUACUAUAAAUCAGGUUCUAGUCCGUAUAGUUUAACUCGACAGCAGUAAAUAAAAGAUUGGUGUCUCUAGAAUUUUUAGUGCCAUUGAGUUCUAAGUAACCAGAUUCCUCUUAGACAGGAAAUCUGGCUGCGGGAUGCAGGUUUUUAGUAAGUUUCUGCUUUAUAUUCUAAAGGGAUUAAUGUUUCUGAAAAAAAAAUGGUUAAUAUUUAAACUAAAGGACUCAAGUUUUUAUAUUCUGUCAGAAUGUGAAAAGAUCUCUGCUAUGUAUUGUUUCUGAGCAGAAGCUUCAGCUUCUAUACAAAAGUUUUCCAGGGGUUCACAUAAAGGGUAACACAAUCCAUACAUUGGUGAUAAUAUUUUAAUCAGAUUUUUAAAAAUAUAUAUAAACCUUUGUAUAACUUCUUUCGAUAUUAAACUGCAUUUUUCAGUCUGUAAUGUUCUUCCCCGUUGGAAUGAAAAUAAUUAUUUGCAAUACAUUUUCCAAGUGCUCCGUGUUACAUAAAACAUCAGUGGGAAUAAAAGUAAUAAGAAUUACACCAGUAUCUUUCAACAUGAUGGAAAAUAAAGCUUGCUUUUUUUCCUAAAAGUAUUAGCUUUUUCCUAAAAGCAUCUAGAGGGUAGAGGGCAGUGAUGCUGCUAAACAUCCUACAAUGCAAAGGACAACCCAUUGCAACCAAGAAUGAUCUGGUCCAAAAUGUCUUCAGUGCCAAAAGUGAGAAACCUUGGUUUAAUGCAUGGUAGGAGAGCCAGGAAUUUCUUAUGACUAUGCCUAAGGAACCUUAUACCACUGAUAACCAUAGGACUGAGGUAGCUGAAAACUAAUUCCAAGUUUGAACCUAUGGAAUACUAAAUUAUAUCAGUUGAAUUCACAGCCUAGCUAGGUCUCCUAGGUGACAGUGUUUGAUUAGGAAGAAAUGGGGCCCUGAGAAUUGGGACAA